AUGAAGCACCAUUUGAUGGUCGGGACGUGGACCGCCCCCGGGCGCAUCUACACCGUCCAAUUCGACGACGAGGCUCUCACCCUUGAGCUGGUCCAGACCACCCAGAUUCCCGAGGCCGAGCCCAUCUCAUGGAUGACCUUUUCCCACGACAAGAAGACGAUCUACGGUGCGGCUAUGAAAAAAUGGAACAGCUUCGCCGUCAACAGCCCCACCGACAUCGUUCACCAGGCCUCUCACCCGGUUGCGGGACAUCGUAAGUGCAGAGGGAAGAACUGGCCCGACUUCGCCCAUUCGCCCGAAUUGUUUCGCGCUGACUCGGUCUCCUUUUUCGCACCAGCUUUGGCCGCCAGCGCCGAAACCAACACCCGUGCCAUCUUUGUACUUGCGGCUCACAAGCCUCCCUACAACGUGUACGGCAACCCCUUCUACAAGCAUGCUGGAUUCGGCAACGUCUUCUCCGUGAAGCCCGACGGUGCUCUCGAUACCAAUGUUCAGAACUACGAAUACCAAGAGAACACAGGCAUUCACGGCAUGGUGUUCGACCCGACUGAGACCUACCUGUACUCGGCGGAUCUGCAGGCCAACAAGAUUUGGACACACAAGAAGGACGCGGAGACCGGUCAAUUGACUCUGGUCGACUGUCUCGAGGCUCCCGCCCCCGGUGAUCACCCGCGCUGGGUCGAAAUGCACCCCACUGGCAAAUACUUGUACGCUCUGAUGGAGGCGGGCAACCGCCUAGCUGUCUAUGUGAUCGACGAGCGCACUCACAAGCCGGUCUUCACCCAUAUCACCUAUCCGUUGCUCCCCUCUGGACUCCCCCCCCGUAAUAAGUACCGUGGAGAUGUGACAUUCACCACCAAGAGCGGCGAGUACCUUUUCGCAACCACCCGGUCCAAUCAUUUCGAUGUGACAGGCUACAUCACUGCUUUCAAGCUAGGACCCAGCGGUGAAAUCGAGCGUCAGCUCUUCAUUAACCCCACUUCUACCAGCGGUGGUCACUCCAACGCUGUCAGCCCAUGCGACUUCAGCGACGAAUGGGUAGCUCUCUGCGACGAUCAGCUGGGCUUUGUCGAGAUGUACCGCUGGCGCGACGAGACCCUGGCUCGCGUAGCCCGUGUGGACAUUCCGGAGCAGGGCUUUGGCAUGAACGCGAUCUGGUAUGAUUAA